AUGUCGGCUGCCGUAGCCAACAGGGCCCGGGACUGGGCCGACGACGACGAUGUCGAUGAGACAAUCGCCGCCGAGCUGCCUCCCCCGCAGACCAUCCAGAACAAGGAUGGCACCAAGACCAUCAUCAGCUUCCGAUACAACGACCAGGGCCAGAAGGUAAAGACGACCCGACGGAUCCGCCUCACCACCCAUCGUGAGGUCGUCAACCCGCGUGUCGCCGAGCGCAAGACGUGGGCCAAGUUCGGCCAGAGCGCCAAGGAUCCCGCAGGCCCGGCGCCCGACACGACCUCGGUGGGCGAGAACAUCAUCUUCAGGCCGUCGGCGAACUGGAAGAAGGACCAGAAAGACGAGGCCAAGGACCCCAACGCCAACGCCCUCAAGGACAAGCUCAAGGACAAGAAGGUCAAGUGCCGUAUUUGCAACGGCGAGCAUUUCACUGCCAGAUGUCCCUACAAGGACACCAUGGCCCCGAUGGGCGAGGCCGGCGCUGCGGACGUUGCUGCUGGCAUGGGCGACGACCCGUCUUCAGGUGGAGCGAGCGCCGCUGGCGGUGCUGGCGCGAAGAAGGGAUCCUAUGUUCCUCCGGCGCUCAGGAAGGGUGCUGGCGGCGGUGGCGAGGGCGAGAGGAUGGGCGGCAGCAAGUACGGCGAGAGGGACGACUUUGCCACUCUUCGCGUUACAAACGUGUCAGAGAUGGCCGAGGAGCAGGAGCUGCGAGAUAUGUUCGAGCGGUUCGGCCGCGUCACUCGAGUCUUCCUGGCCAAGGAUCGUGAUACUGGCUUGGCCAAGGGCUUUGCCUUCAUCAGCUUUGCGGACAGGAACGAUGCCGUCAAGGCGUGCAACAAGAUGGACGGCUGGGGCUUCAAGCAUCUCAUUCUCAGAGUGGAAUUCGCCAAGAAGGCUGCUUAG